AUGGAAAAGUAUCUGGUGGACUCGGAGGAGGACCUUGGGCUCAAGGAGGGCGUAGGAUCAGGCGGUUCUGUCCGGGACCUUGGGAUCAGGGAGGAUAUGACAAUGUUUGGAGGCACUGGAAGUGGGCCAUGGCAACAAGGCGGUUAUGGUGGUCAGGAUUCUUGGGCUGCAAAGGGCGGUAAUGGUAACGGUAAAUUUGGUAGUGGUGGUGCCGGACCUGGCAAGGUGCCGGUGGUGGAGGAGACGGCGGCGGUUGGCAGGCCGACCAGGGAAGCGUUGGCGUAUGGAUCGGAGAUGUCAGUCAGAAGGGCAGAGGCAGCUUCGGCCCGCAGGCUGGAGGAAGACGAAAGAAUAAUUACCUGCCGUCCCAAGGUGGCGCUAGCUGGGAUGGACAGGCAGGGGGGCAAAACGGUGGUGGUGCAGGUGGUGGCUGGGAUGGCGGGCGCAUUCCAGAAAGGUCGUGGGGGAUUUGGUGGGGGGCAGAGAGGCGGGGCGUAG